AUGGAGAGACCCGGCCUCGUCAAGGGCAACCCAGGCACCCCGCCACCCAUGAAGAAGGGCAUGCCCACAAACGUCCCUCUUCCUAGCCAGGAGGGCAAGCAGGGUGUCAUGCAAUACGCUUUGUAUGGUUCGCUGUGGCCCUUGACCUUCGGUCUUGCCUGCUGCGCCGUCGAGAUGAUGCACUUGUCCACCCCUCGUUAUGAUCAAGAUCGUAUGGGUAUCAUUUUCCGUGCCUCGCCCCGUCAAUCCGAUGUCAUGAUCGUCGCCGGUACCCUCACCAACAAGAUGGCUCCCGCCCUCCGCCAGGUCUACGAUCAGAUGCCCGACCCCCGCUGGGUCAUCUCCAUGGGCUCAUGCGCCAACGGUGGCGGUUACUACCACUACUCCUACUCCGUCACCCGCGGCUGUGACCGUAUCGUCCCCGUCGACAUCUACGUUCCCGGCUGCCCGCCUACCGCUGAAGCCCUCAUGUUCGGUAUCUUCCAGCUGCAGAAGAAGAUGAGACACACCAAGAUCACCAGAAUGUGGUACCGCAAGUAA